GUGAUAAGGUGAGAAUAUGGCCAAUAAAAUGGUUCUGCUGUCUUUGUCCUCGCACAAUAUAAUUACUAGCCCAACAGGAAAGGUUCCAAUAGUGUUUUGUCCAAGAGUUACUGAUUUGCUACCUGUGGAACUUGUUAACAUCUUAUAACAUAACACGGGGACCAUGGCUCGUAAGGUAGCGUGCUGCGGCCUCAGCACCCUGGAGAUCCUCCUCAUCGUGCUCUUUGUGCUAAUGACCGGCGUGACCGUGGGCCUCAUCUCUGUGAUGGCCACCACAUGGAACACAGACCCGCCGCCAGAGGAGCCUGUCCCCACGUGGAAGCCAUCGGAGAAUCCCUACCUGGUGGGGGUGGGCAGGGCAGACGUCACGGGACCCGUUGGGGACGUGCCCCUGAUGGGAUACGCCAAUUUGGAUCAGACGGCGGGGGGCAUCCACACCCGCCUCUACAGCCGGGCCUUCAUCGUGGACGACACGAGCAAGCGGGUGGUGUUCGUGAGCGCGGACAUAGGCAUGGUCUCCCAGAGGCUGAGGCUGGAGGUGUUGAGGGCGCUUCAGUCCAAAUACGGUAGCCUUUAUGGACAAGACAACGUGGUGCUGAGUGGCACUCACACCCACUCUGGCCUGGCUGGGUACUUCCAGUACACUCUCUUCAUGAUCACCAGCAAAGGCUACAUCAAGCCCUCCAUCCAGCCUAUUGUCAAUGGCAUUGUGAAGAGCAUAGACAUGGCCCAUAAGAAUCUAAAGCCAGGAAGGAUAUUUCUGAGUAAAGGGGAGCUUGAAGACAGCAACGUGAAUCGAAGUCCUCACUCUUACCUGAACAACCCCGCAGAGGAGAGGAACAGAUACAAAUCCAACACGGACAAACAAAUGGUGGUCCUGAAGUUCACGGACCUGGAUGGAGACGGUUUGGGAGUGCUCAGCUGGUUCGCUGUCCAUCCCGUCAGUAUGAACUAUACCAAUCGCAUGGUGAGUGCGGACAACCUGGGGUAUGCCUCCUACCUGUUUGAGCAAGAGAAGAACAUUGGCUCUUUACCUGGAGAGGGUCCAUUUGUGGCUGCCUUUGCCUCCAGUAACCUGGGAGACGUCUCCCCAAACACCAGAGGGCCGUACUGUGUGAACACUGGUGAAGCCUGUGACUAUGUCAACAGCUCCUGCCCCAUCGGAGGGACAAAAAUGUGUGUUGCCUUGGGACCGGGAAAUGACAUGUUUGAAAGCACCAGGAUCAUCGGAGAGAACGUUUUUAAGAAGGCAAAGGAGCUGUACGGGGGGCCGCAGCAGGAGGUGCAAGGGGUCCUCCAUGUGGCCCACCAGUGGGUGGACAUGACCAGUGUGACGGUCCAGCUCAACUCCACUCACACGGUGAAGACCUGUAAACCAGCUCUGGGCCACAGUUUUGCAGCAGGAACUAUAGACGGCGGGGGCGAUCUCAACUUCACACAGGGGGCGGUAGAGGGGGAUCCGUUCUGGGAUGACAUUCGGGACGCUCUGCUGGGAACGCCUUCCAAUGAGACGCAGGACUGCCACAGGCCCAAGCCCAUCCUCUUUAGCACGGGAGAGAUGAAGAAGCCCCUCCCGUGGCACCCCGACAUUGUGGACGUGCAGAUGAUCACCAUCGGAAACGUGGCCGUCGUCGCCAUCCCAGGAGAAGUGACCACCAUGUCAGGGAGAAGGAUAAGAGAAGCAGUGAAACAGGAACUGGAGGCCCGUGGUGACUUUGCCAACACAGAAGUGGUCAUUGCUGGACUGUGUAAUGUCUACACCCACUACAUCACCACCUAUGAGGAGUAUCAGAUCCAGCGCUACGAAGCAGCGUCCACCAUCUAUGGACCCCACACCCUCUCUGCUUACGUACAGCUCUACAGAGGCCUGGCCAGGGCCAUUGCUGGGGGUAGCGAGGGCGAGCUGCCGGCAGGUCCCGAGCCCCCCUUCUUCAACGAGAGCCAGCUCUUCACCCUGAUGCCUCUUGUCCCAGCGGACAAAAAGCCGGAGAACACCAGCUUCGGUGAAGUGCUGGAGCAAGUCCUGCCCCAGUACACGACGGGAGAAGUCGCCUCUGUAACGUUUGUCAGCGGGAAUCCCAGGAACUCUGGAGACAUGACUGAGAAGACUUUCGUCACAGUAGAAGAGUACCAUAACCAAUCACAGAAGUGGGAUAUAGUCCACACAGAUGCAUCUUGGGAGACAAGGUUCCACUGGAUAAAAGGGGGCGGGGCUCAGAGCAACGCCACCGUGGAGUGGCACAUCCCGUCCUCCGCCCGCCCUGGCACCUACAGGAUUCGCCACUUCGGACAUUUCAAGGAGAUAAAGCUCCUGAAGCCCGUGAUCACGGCCUACGAGGGGACGUCUGACACGUUUCGCGUCGUCUCCCCAAGGAUCGGCGCAGGAAGCAGCUCCUUUUCCUGGAUUUAAUGCAGCCAUUUUCUUCUGUGUGUUAGCUAUGUGGUGCAAAUACUCUCUAGUCCCUUGAAAUGUACAAACACUUGUCCCUGGGAUGGUACCAUAUAGGUACAUAACAUUGUACCCAUUAGCAGCAACACAUAAUUCAUUUGUACCAUUUGUGCUUGUAAAAGGUACUUAUUAGUACCCAAAUGGAACAUUAUUGCACUUUCCGGGUACAUUUGGGUGAUUUGUCCCUUAAAGAACGAAAAUGUACCUCUGCUGUUCCUUUAUUUUGGAGUGUAGGUUGUGAAACGGAAAGAUCCAGUGGUUCUGUGGUUCUGUUUCAUUUUUUAAAGUCAACCAUUGAGAGUAUGUGUUUGUAUUUAUUUUGAUGGCACACAUUUUUCAGUUGUAAAAGAAAGUAUUUUGCUUUAAUGAAAGCAUGUGCAGUAAUAUAUAAAUAUUAAAAGGUUAGAUUUUGUCUUUAUUCA